GACUGGCUGACAUUUUCUAUAUAUUAGCAGCGAUACGUGCGGAGGGAGGCUCAUUCUAGUGGUAGUGGUCGGUGUGUGAGGAGCGUCUGUAGCCGUGUGUCCAUUUCUCUUCGCCUUUUACUCGCCAUGUCGCCACCAGCCAGCCCCCAGCACCUCCUCCUCCUCCUUGCCCUCGCCUGCUUGACGCUCUUCCUCACGCCGGCCCUCGCCUCCACCGUCCCCUUCACCGCUUGCGACAAUGGUGAGCCAGCCCCGACCAGCGUGCGGAUGAACUGCAGCAGCCUCGUGAGCGACACCUGCGUGCUCAACAAGGAGAACACGUACUUGCUGCAGGUGGACUUCGUGCCAGAUUCUCCAGCGUCUGACGUCGAGAGCUACGUGGCGUGGAGGUCGUGGGUCGAGAUGCCGCUCCCUGGGCAGGACUCCAAGGCUUGCGAUGACCACCUCUCCUGCCCGCUCACCCCCGGCAAGGUGGCCACCUUCACCUAUCCGUUGCGCGUCGAGAGGUUCUGGAUGAGGAGGCGGUACCCGAUGGUGUGGCGGCUGAAGGACGACGACACAGACCGCGUCAUCCUCUGCUUCAACAUCCGGACCUUCGUCAAGUCGUGAGGCCCGCAGGAGACGCCAGCAGGAGUAUCGCAUUCACCCUUCUAUUCACCCCCUCGCCCUACCCAUUUUCGUGCAUCGCUGGUAUUGACGUAUGCUUAGAUUUCACACAUUCAUAAUAUACUCUUCGAAUCAUUGUUUUAAAUGUGCUGUGUAUUAUAUGAUCUAAUUUGUAUCAGAUUGUGCGUUGUGUGUGUAUUAUGAUCGUACUUCAGCAGCAGUGCGUGUAAUAUAUGUAUGCUUUAUUUAUUAAUUAAGUAAUUAUAUUUGAAAAAAAAGUA